AGCCGCUCCAUGGUCUUCAUCAGAUGUGACGUCAGAGCAACAUUUUAAUCCCAAUUUACAGAUUUAGACUGAGGUUUUUACUGGUUUGAAGUUGUUGUUAUGCAAUUAUUCUUAAUUAUACUGUCACGCCAUAGCACACUGAAUGUUUGGUAUAAUUUGUUUUCUCUUAAUAAUGAAAAUGAAUGGAUAAUGUACAAACCUUAAUCUUUUCAGUUUCACCAAGUUUUAGGCAUCACUAUAGCUUCUAAGAUUUGAAAUCAGCCACUUCAAUGCUGGUUCCCGGGUGUUUGAAUUUAAUUUAAAGUUUAUUUUGCUUGUGCAUUGUCUCAUGCAUAUAAGUUGUAAAUUUAUCCGAGAUAGAUAUUUUUUUCUGGAAAAAGACAAUGCAGAUUUUGAGUGUUGCCCUCAGUAUAAAUAUUUAGAGAUUCAUUACAUUGAAUGAAAAUAUGGUUCUGUUAAUAUAAAAAAGAUUUACAGAAAAUGUUUAUGCAAUCAGUAUGAAUAAUGAAAUAAACACGGUUGUGCAGUUUCUAAAACGAUCACAGGGUGUCACUGCCUUCCACGUUUUCAAUACUUCCUAACAAAAAAAAAAAAAAAAGAAUCGACGUAAAGACCUUCUAUUCAUUUUGAUUUAGUCGCUCACAGGAAAAUCAUCGCACGCUGUAGUAAAGUGUUUAAUUUGCAGGGAUAUUUCUAUUGAAAUAUUGGGGAUACAAAUCUGUAUAUUCAAAACGGGAUUUUUCUUCGUACUUGCAAAUAAUGAAAGGAAUGCAACACUGCCAGCGGAUUUUCCUCAUUUCAGUUUUUCUCUGGUGCUGUUGGAAACAUGCAUUAUCUCACCUGCGUUAUUCUAUACAAGAGGAAUCAACAUCUGGGACAAUUAUUGGAAAUAUUAUUAAAGAUCUGGGUCUUGAUAUUAAAAAUCUUGAAGGUCGAGGAUUCCGUGUCAUUUCUGGAUCAAAACAACAGCUGCUUCAGGUAAAUCGCAAGACAGGGGCCCUGUUUAUAAAUGAAAUCAUUGACAGAGAAGUACUAUGUGAGAAGGACAAGGACUGUUUUAUCAGCAUUAAGAUUGUCAUUGAAAACCCAUUAGAAAUUCAUGAAGCUGAAAUCGAAAUUGUAGAUAUAAAUGACAAUUCACCGGCCUUUCCGGAAAAGGCCAUCAGCUUAGAAAUCUUAGAAUCGAGUCCAUUGGGGUCGCGUUUCCCUUUAGAGGGGGCCUAUGAUCCCGAUUGUGGUGUGAAUUCGUUGAAAUUGUAUGAGCUCAGUCAAAACGACCGUUUCAUUCUUCAAAUAAAAGAGGGCAGCAAGAAAAGCAAAGUUCCAGUUUUAGUGCUCCAAAAAGCUUUAGACAGGGAGCUGAAAGAAAAAUACGACAUUUUACUGACCGCAUUCGAUGGGGGGAAUCCUCCGAGAUCUGGGAAUAUGAAUAUUAGUAUAUUAGUUGGGGACAGUAACGACAACGCCCCCGUUUUUCUUGAAGAAACGUAUAGUGUAACAUUAGAGGAAAAUGCUUCCGUGGGGACCCUUGUACUAAAGGUAAACGCCUCAGACUUAGACGAAGGCACUAAUGGCGAAAUCGUUUAUUCAUUUCAGCAGUCAGUUCAGAAUAAAGUGGGCGAAUUAUUUCAGCUUGAUAUGUAUACAGGAGAAAUAACAGUUAAGGGGGUGAUCGAUUUCGAGGAGAAGGAAUUUUAUGAUUUUGACGUUAAGGCUACAGACAGAGGACAGAUACCACUAAGUAGCCACUGCACUGUAUUAAUUAAAAUCUUAGACAUGAAUGAUAAUGCACCUCUGAUAGAAAUAACAUCCCUAACGAGCUCGAUUUCCGAGGAUGUAAAACGCGGCACAGUAGUCGGGCUAAUCAGUAUUACAGACCUUGAUUCUGGUGUUAAUUCUAAAAUGAGGUGUACAUCAUCCGAAAACCUGCCGUUUGAACUAAAGAAAUCUUUGCAGAAAAAUCUGUAUUCCUUACUAACAACCUCACUGCUGGAUCGUGAAUCGACAUCAUACUACAACAUUACAAUAACUGCCAAAGACUUCGGACAGCCUUCUCUCACGACUUAUGAAACAGUUACUGUUAACGUGUUGGAUGUAAACGACAACCAUCCACGAUUUUUACAAGAUCCUUAUGUAUUCUAUCUCGAAGAAAAUAACACUCCUGGAGCCUCCAUCUGUGCAAUAAGUGCAGUUGAUGAGGAUGCGAAUGAGAAUGCGGUUAUCUCAUACUACUUGCGGGAAAAUGAAGCUGUGGAUAAGCCGUUAUUGCCUUUUCUCAGUAUCAAUUCUCUUAAUGGUCAAGUCUUUAGUUUUGUAACCUUUGACUUUGAAGAAGUGAAAAGCUUCACCUUCAUCGUUGUAGCCAAAGACUCGGGAGGUCCUUCGCUUAGCAGCAACGUAACUGUGAAGGUUUUUAUACUGGAUCAAAAUGAUAAUUCGCCAGUUGUGGUGUUUCCCCUCACCGCAAAUCAAAGUGCAAUUGGAGAAGAAACAAUCCCAAGAAACGUGAAAGCAGGACACUUGAUAACAAGAAUCAGAGCAUAUGACGCUGAUGUUGGAUACAACGCUUGGCUUUCUUUUUCUCUGGAUGAGGUCUCCGAUCGGUCACUUUUCAGUGUGGGGCGCUAUACAGGGGAUUUAAGGACACUUCGGGCGAUUACGGAGUCUGAUAUGACUGUUCACAAAAUGGUAAUAUUAGUGAAAGACAGCGGGAGCUUUUCAUUUUCUACAUCGGUCACAAUAAUAGUCACCGCAGCUGAAACAACAGAAGCCCACGCAUUGUCUGAAAUCAACACACGCACAAUAGAAGAAGACAAGGAAAAUAAGUUGACAUUUUAUUUGAUUGUCGUCUUGAGUUCAGUGUCAUCUUUAUUUUUAGUUGUUGUAAUUUCUCUUUUCGCCUGUCAGUGUUGGAAAACACAACACGAUUUAAUAAGUAACAAGUACUUGGGCGACUCAAAUUACGCAGAAGUGACUGGAUCACUUUUUCAUGACCAGUACCAGGUAGCAGAAAAGCAGUUCGUUUUCCUUGGACCAGAAAUGAACAGAGAUUCAGCAAUGGAUACAGAGAAUAACGGAAAUACUCUAAUCAUUUCCGAUAGUGGGAUUAAAAUUGGCCGCACGACAGGAGACAAACAGCUGGUGUUUAUUGGACCAGGAAUGAACAGGGACAGCAUGGUGGAGGUGGGAAGCAAUACAAAUACUCUUCUCGUGUCCGACAGUGGAAUUAAAAUUGCCCAAGUGACAGGAGACAAACAGCUGGUGUUUAUUGGACCAGGAAUGAACAGGGACAGCAUGGUGGAGGUGGGAAGCAAUACAAAUACUCUUCUCGUGUCCGACAGUGGAAUUAAAAUUGCCCAAGUGCCUAAGCAACCGAAUACUGACUGGCGUUAUUCUGCAUCACUCAGAGCAGGAAUGCAAAGCUCAGUGCAUAUGGAAGAAUCAGCAGUGUUGCAAGGACCAUCAGGAGUACACAUUCAAAAUUGGCCAACAGUAUCCAGUGCCACACCUGAACCUGAAGCAGGAGAAGUGUCACCUCCUGUUGGCGCUGGAAUAAACAGUAAUAGCUGGACCUUCAAGUAUGGACCCCCGGCUGGCAACCCCCAGCAGCUGAAACCAGGUGAAGUCCCAGAAAACUUCAUCAUUCCUGGCUCACCGGCCAUCAUCUCUAUCCGGCAAGGCCCCCCGGGUGCUGCAGAUGACAAGAGUGACUUCAUAACCUUUGGCAAAAAGGAGGAAACCAAAAAGAAGAAGAAAAAGAAGAAGGGAAAGGCUGAUAAAAAGGAAAAGGCCAACGAUGGUGGAGACCACUAGCGGAGAUAUCACUGAAACAGAGUCACUGGCUCUGUUCACACUCAGAAAGGAGAGUUCCCGGCUGUUCACCAAAAUAAAAUUUCAACCUCAGUCACUGCAGUCUUUUCACCUUUCUGAUAAUGUACUUUUAGAACCUUACAAUUCAAAUUUGCUUUCCAUGAAAAGACAAGAAAUGCUUUCUGUAAAUCUUCUCUCUCUUUCUCCCUCUAAAAAUAACUGUCCGCAUUCCUCCUUUGCUGAAGUAGCAUUUACCUCUUUCUGAACAGACCGACUUGAGGAUGAUGCAGGGCUAUUGUUGUCUUUGGUUGGUUAGUUUAAGAUCAGUUAAAAAGAUAUUUAGUAUUACAGACAAAAACAAAGGCUUGCUGUUACCGUAUUCAGACUUUUUUUUGACACAAAGAUGUGGAUGUUUCCUUCGACACUUUUUUCACUAUAUAUGAAAAAGAAAAAAAAAUGAAAUAUCCACAAAGGCAUUCUUGUGUGUUUGUGUGUGUGUGCGCGUGUAUGCACACUUGUAUUAAUUUUGCUAUAAACAUAGGAUAGCAAAAUGAACGUUCUGGAGCAGCCGAGUCUAGCAAGUGAGCCAAAGGGACUCAUGUUUUCUGAGCAGCAGGAGAUCAGACUUUGCCACAUACUGCUUAUAUAUCUAGAUCUUUAAAAGGUCUCAUUCCCCUGCUUUUUCACCAAGUCUCUCACUUUUUAUUUUGUUAAAGAUUUAGUAAUUUUGCAAUUGUCAUCCAGACAUCAAUAGCUCAGUAGAGGUUUCUGUCAUUAACAGUGCCCCUUAGUUCUAGGAAGCCCAUCUCGGCAUCAUUCCCAAUGACAACAAUCCAUCUUGUAUUUUGUUGAAUGUAUUUACAUACAAAUAAAUAAAUAAAUAAAUAUAUAACGUCUCCCCUUUUGCAAAGAAAACAUGGACGUUGGUCUCACUGGCUGUGAAACAGUUAACAUUUUAAGUAUCUUAAACAAUGGACAAAGACAUCUGAACCCGGCUUAACCUUUAUGCAUACUUGCGUUAGGAUAACUGCACUACUAAUAGACAUUUUGAGAUGUGAAUAAUCCAGAGGCUCAUCUCAGUGAAGGCCUUGCAAGGUCAACGUUUGUGGCGGACUGGCCAUGUGGAAGGUGGGAUUGCUGGAGAAAUGCAGGGAUCGGUUUCCCACCUGUAGCUACGCUUGGAAGUAUAGCUCUGGUUGAAUGCUAUGGUACAUUUACAUUUCAAUAGUUGGCAGUACAGAAGAGCAUUAUAGCCAGCUCUCUGUUGGCUUGCAGAAACUGAUUUUGUGCUUUAAAAUUUCCUCAAUUUCAGCUUUCUAGGAAAAAAAUAGAAAUAUACUAACCAAAAUAAAAACAAGAACUCUGUAUUAAAAUGAGCAAAUAAAUGCACUCAUAAAACUUAAUAUACUUCUUUUUUACAUGCUUCUUUAUUCAGUCUGGACUUUUUCGUCUGGGUAAACACGAAGUUAAAAUGCCAUAUGCAAAUGACUUGACGUGUUAUUUUGUAGCCAAGUCUGAAGUUCGCAGUCAAUUCAGAGUGUUUAUUUUUUUCCUGAGAUUUGCUACUACAUCACCGAAAUGGUUUUACCAGUUUUUGCCUUCUGGCUGAACAGAAUGUUCAGAAUUCAAACACCUGUCCCAGGUGAGGCACUGCAUCCCAAAGAGAAAAGCAUGUUCUCUUUAAAGGAUAUCUUCUUGGCUGGUAGUUUUUUUUUUUUUAGGAGACAGACUGUAACAGAAUAAUUUUGAGGCCACACUGACACAUUUCAGGAUAUGAAGCCAUUAUGAGUAGCCAAGCAGUUCUCAACCUGCAGGGUGCGACUUCCACAGCAGGAACCCCUUUCUACGUUGGGUAUUCAGCAACACAGGCUCUGUGGUGGCCCCUCUGUUCACGAGCGAAUGGCACUUGGAUGCACCGAUUAGUCUCUGGGAUUCCUAACUAUUUUAGGCUAUCAUUAACUGAGGAGUUUUGAGAGGGAUGCUGUAGGUUGUAUACAGUAUACACAAAGAUAAGUUGUAGUUUGAUACUCACAAGGUUUGCUUAUGCAUAUUUUUAAUAUGAUUUGAAUAAAUGUUUAUUAAUAUAAAAAUGAGUUUAUAUGGUUAUAGACUAAAAUGGAUUAUUUUUUUUCCCUCUUUUCUUUCCAAUUUAACCUUGUUAGUAGAUUGAAACAUUGCCUAGUGGGGAAGUAUUAUCGCUGCUAUGAUUGCUUUUCAAAAUCCUUAUUAUUUUUGUCUACAGUCAAACCAGUUACAGCGCAGUACUAUCAAUCACACAGUUAGCAUUUGCUGCAUGUAUUAUCAUCAACAAUAACUAAUGGCACAUUUUAUUUUAAAUGACUACUGUAUUACACUUCACCUUUUUUUUUUUUUUUUUUCAGUCUGGUGAUCUAUUCAAACCAACUUGUACGCAAAAUAAAGGACCAUACUUUAUGUUUAUCAGACUGACCUUACUAACUUUUUAGCUGUAUGUAAUUCUAAGAUGUAUGCUCUAAAAUGCAAUCUUUUUUUUUGUGUUAGGCUUUUAAACGCUGACCUUACUAACACUGUUAUGUGAAGCUGAAAUAUGUAUGCUCCUAUAAAACGAUAAACCUUUGAACUGUAUGUAUCCUAUGCUAAUGUACGUGAAUGUCCAUGCAACCAUCUUUUAUUGGUGUAUUUAAUGAUAGGCACUCACCUGUAAAAAUGUGCAAAAACA